GAAGGCAGCGGGGAGGAAAAGGGCCGGAGAUCCCCCCGCAGGAGGGGCUCCAAAGCCAUCCCAGGGUGCUCUGAGGAGGAAAGAGCCAGCCUGUGCCGGGAAGGCGGCCGGAGCUUGAGGGGGAGCUCUGAACUGGUGGUCCCUGAGCAGCCUCCCAGCAGGGAGAAGCCCUUCAGGUGCUUGGAAUGUGGGAAGAGCUUCAGGAAGAGCACUGAACUCCUCAGCCACCAGCACAUCCACACUGGGGAACGUCCCUACACUUGUGGGGAAUGUGGGAAGAGCUUCAGGAAGAGCUCCCACCUGAUCCGACACCAGCGUAUCCACACUGGGGAACGGCCCCACGUGUGUGGGGAAUGUGGGAAGAGCUUCAGCCGAAGUUUCCGUCUCUUCACCCACCAACGCAUGCACACUGGGGAACGGCCCUACAAGUGCUUGGAGUGUGGGAAGAGUUUCAGUGACAGGUCCGGCCUCCACGUGCACCGUCGCAUCCACACCGGGGAGCAGCCCUACAAGUGUGUGGAGUGUGGGAAAGGCUUCAGGAUCAGCUCCAGCCUCCGCAUCCACCAGCUCAUCCACACUGGGGAACGGCCCUACAAGUGCUUGGAAUGUGGGAAGGGGUUUCAGACCAGCUCAGAUCUCCUGAAGCACGAGCCAACACACACAGGGGAGUGGGCCUUCCACUGCAUCGACUGCGGGAAGGGCUUCAACCGGAACUCCGCCCUUGUCAUCCACCGGCGCAUCCACACCGGGGAGAGGCCGUACAGGUGUGGGGAGUGUGGGAAGAGGUUUCGGACCAGCUCAGAUCUCCUCAGGCAUGAGCGGACGCACACGGAUGAGAGACCCUUCUGCUGCACCGACUGCGGGAAGGGCUUCAAGCAGAACUCCCACCUUGUCACCCACCGGCGCAUUCACACUGGGGAGAGGCCCUACAAGUGUGGCAAGAGCUUUAGCCGAAGCUCUCACCUGAUGCAGCACAAGCACAUCCACACUGGAGAACAGCCUGGGAAAGUGGGGGAAUGCAGCCGGAGCUUGAGGGAGAGCUCUGAGCUGGUGGUCCCUGAGCAGGCUCCCAGCAGGGAGAAGCCCUUCAGGUGCUUGGAAUGUGGGAAGAGCUUCAGGUCAAGCACCCACCUCCUCACCCACCAGCACAUCCACACUGGGGAACGGCCCUACACUUGUGGGGAAUGUGGGAAGAGCUUCAGGAAGAGCUCCAACCUGAUCCAACACCAGCACAUCCACACUGGGGAACGACCCUACAUGUGUGGGGAAUGUGGGAAGAGCUUCAACCAAAGCUCCAACCUCCGCAAGCACCAGCACAUCCACACUGGGGAACGACCAUAUGAGUGUGUGGAAUGUGGGAAGAGCUUCAAGGACAGCUCCAGCCUGAUCCGACACAAGCACAUCCACACUGGGGAACGGCCCUACAAGUGUGGGGAAUGUGGGAAGAGGUUUCUGACCAGCUCAGAUCUCCUUGUGCACCAGUGGACACACACGGAUGAGAGGCCCUUCCGCUGCACCGACUGCGGGAAGGGCUUCAACCGGAACGGCCACCUCAUCAAUCACUGGCGCAUCCACACUGGGGAGAGGCCCUACAAGUGUGGGGAGUGUGGGAAGAGCUUCACCGAGAGCUCUACCUUGACCAAACACCAACGGACCCACCGGUAAGGGAAGCCCUGUGAGUGCCCCGACUGCGGGAAGAGCUUCGGCCGUAGGACUGACGCGCAAAAAAGGUUUCAAAAGGUCUUCACGAUUUUGAGUAUCUGCACUCCAACAUCAGUUUAUUCUUUUGAAUAUGUGUAAGUUUAACCUCAUUUUAGUCUGAAAGCCAAAUUCACCACUACCCCGUUCCCUGAUAACCGUGGACUGGUUCUGACAAGUGAGGCAGAAAUUACCCCCUGCCCAGCAAAAACCAGUGGGGCCAGCCAGUGGUCUCUGCCUUGGCAGCCCAGUUUCCCCAGUCUCAUCUCAAAAUGACCAGUUACACUGAAGCAAAGAGCACUGGAACCAGUGCAAGA